AUGGAAUCAAUUUAUAGAAAAGAUCUUUCGUCAUGUUUUUGUUCGUUUAUUCCAUUUUUUCUUUCUAUACCAUUUAUAUUUGUUUAUUAUCUUCAACGUUUAUCGUUACAAACUUCAGUCUUUUUCAUCUUACUUUUAUUUAUCAUUCAUUUUCUUGUAUUCAAUCGUUUUUAUACUAAAGAAAUAUUUCUUCGUGCUCAUUUUUUAACAUUAAUUCUAACAAUCGGUUUUAUAUGGUCAAUAACAUCACUCGCAAUUGGUUUAUUUACUAUUACAUUAUCAAUAUUUCAUUUAAGUGAAUAUAUAUCAGUCGGUAUAUGGUGUCCAAGAACAUUGAAUAUAAAUUCAUUUUUAUUAAAUCAUUCACCACAAUAUCAUGCAGCUAUAUUAAUUGCUUAUUUAGAAUAUUUUAUUGAAAAAUAUUAUUUUUUUCCAAAUGGUUUUCCUUAUCAUUGGAUCAUGAUUAUAAUUGGCUUAAUAAUGAUUAUAAGUGGUGAAUAUUUACGUAAAUUAGCAAUGUAUACGGCAAAAGAAAAUUUUUCACAUUUAAUUGAAGAUAAACCAAAUCGAGAUCAUCGUUUAAUUACACAUGGAAUAUAUCAAUAUUAUCGUCAUCCAUCAUAUGUUGGAUGGUUUUGGUGGGCAUGUGGAACACAAGUAUUACUUGCCAAUCCAAUAUGUUUUUUUAUUUAUUUAUUCUCAACUUGGUUUUUUUUUGCUGACCGUAUUGUUUAUGAAGAAGCGACAUUAACACGAUAUUAUGGAAAUGUUUAUCGUGAUUAUCAGAAACGUGUACCUGUUGUUGGUCUUACAUUACUUAUUUUAGGAUGUGCUCUUUCAAAUUAUAAUUGGUGGCCAACAUUUGUCAUUAUAUUUUAUGUAUUAUGUCCAAUUCCGUUGGCAAUUGGAAAUCGAUGUACAUCAUAUGAUGGUUAUAGUACAAGUGACACAAGUCCAUGUAAAGAUUUUAUGUGGUUUCUAACAAGUGCUAUUGUUGCUUCAGCAUUUGGUUUACCAGCUAUUUUAUUUCGAGCAAAUGUUAUUCUAGCCGGUUCAAUGGGUUUUGUAAUGGCAGCCAAUGCAGUUAUAUUCAUAACAAUUUCAAUCUAUUUUAUCACAUACAAUUCUGAUGAUAGUUUAGGAAAUUUUUAA